AUGGACCCACCUGCAGGUCAUAGAGAGGUCAGGUACAGGAGGUCAGGUACAGGAGGUCAGGUACAGGAGCUCAGGUACAGGAGGUCAGGUACAGGAGGUCAGGUACAGGAGCUCAGGUACAGGAGGUCAGGUACAGGAGGUCAGGUACAGGAGGUCAGGUACAGGAGCUCAGGUACAGGAGGUCAGGUACAGGAGCUCAGGUACAGGAGGUCAGGUACAGGAGCUCAGGUACAGGAGCUCAGGUACAGGAGCUCAGGUACAGGAGCUCAGGUACAGGAGCUCAGGUACAGGAGGUCAGGUACAGGAGCUCAGGUACAGGAGGUCAGGUACAGGAGGUCAGGUACAGGAGGUCAGGUACAGGAGGUCAGGUACAGGAGGUCAGGUACAGGAGCUCAGGUAGAGGAGGUCAGGUACAGGAGGUCAGGUACAGGAGGUCAGGUACAGGAGCUCAGGUACAGGAGGUCAGGUACAGGAGCUCAGGUACAGGAGGUCAGGUACAGGAGCUCAGGUACAGGAGCUCAGGUACAGGAGCUCAGAUACAGGAGCUCAGGUACAGGAGCUCAGGUACAGGAGCUCAGGUACAGGAGGUCAGGUACAGGAGGUCAGGUACAGGAGGUCAGGUACAGGAGGUCAGGUACAGGAGCUCAGGUACAGGAGGUCAGGUACAGGAGGUCAGGUACAGGAGCUCAGGUACAGGAGGUCAGGUACAGGAGGUCAGGUACAGGAGGUCAGGUACAGGAGGUCAGGUACAGGAGCUCAGGUACAGGAGCUCAGGUACAGGAGCUCAGGUACAGGAGCUCAGGUACAGGAGGUCAGGUACAGGAGCUCAGGUACAGGAGGUCAGGUACAGGAGGUCAGGUACAGGAGGUCAGGUACAGGAGCUCAGGUACAGGAGCUCAGGUACAGGAGGUCAGGUACAGGAGCUCAGGUACAGGAGCUCAGGUACAGGAGGUCAGGUACAGGAGGUCAGGUACAGGAGGUCAGGUACAGGAGGUCAGGUACAGGAGGUCAGGUACAGGAGGUCAGGUACAGGAGGUCAGGUACAGGAGCUCAGGUACAGGAGCUCAGGUACAGGAGGUCAGGUACAGGAGGUCAGGUACAGGAGCUCAGGUACAGGAGGUCAGGUACAGGAGCUCAGGUACAGGAGCUCAGGUACAGGAGCUCAGGUACAGGAGGUCAGGUACAGGAGGUCAGGUACAGGAGCUCAGGUACAGGAGCUCAGGUACAGGAGGUCAGGUACAGGAGCUCAGGUACAGGAGCUCAGGUACAGGAGCUCAGGUACAGGAGUCAGGUACAGGAGCUCAGGUACAGGAGCUCAGGUACAGGAGGUCAGGUACAGGAGGUCAGGUACAGGAGGUCAGGUACAGGAGCUCAGGUACAGGAGUCAGGUACAGGAGCUCAGUACAGGAGCUCAGGUACAGGAGCUCAGGUACAGGAGGUCAGGUACAGGAGGUCAGGCACAGGAGCUCAGGUACAGGAGCUCAGGUACAGGAGCUCAGGUACAGGAGCUCAGGUACAGGAGCUCAGGUACAGGAGGUCAGGUACAGGAGGUCAGGUACAGGAGCUCAGGUACAGGAGGUCAGGUACAGGAGGUCAGGUACAGGAGGUCAGGUACAGGAGGUCAGGUACAGGAGCUCAGGUACAGGAGCUCAGGUACAGGAGGUCAGGUACAGGAGCUCAGGUACAGGAGGUCAGGUACAGGAGGUCAGGUACAGGAGGUCAGGUACAGGAGGUCAGGUACAGGAGGUCAGGUACAGGAGCUCAGGUACAGGAGCUCAGGUACAGGAGGUCAGGUACAGGAGCUCAGGUACAGGAGGUCAGGUACAGGAGCUCAGGUACAGGAGCUCAGGUACAGGAGGUCAGGUACAGGAGGUCAGGUACAGGAGGUCAGGUACAGGAGGUCAGGUACAGGAGCUCAGGUACAGGAGGUCAGGUACAGGAGGUCAGGUACAGGAGGUCAGGUACAGGAGGUCAGGUACAGGAGGUCAGGUACAGGAGGUCAGGUACAGGAGGUCAGGUACAGACUGA